AUGGGGCUCAAGCGGUUGCUUUCACCAGUUACUUUGCUGCUGUUUUGUACAGCAGCAAGCGCAGCGCACGCCGAGGACGAGCAGCACGACGCGCACGAGGGCGACGACGUGACGCUGCAGUGUCGAUUCACGCUGCAGCCUGGCGCCGGCGAGUCACUCACAUACUACUGGGUCCGAAACACUGCCAGCGGCCACGACAAUGUUGCCAUCGGAAAUAUACCGCUAGAGACUAACUACCAGAUAAAGUACGCGCCGUCGGAGGGCCGCUUCGACCUGGUGGUGUCGAACGUGACGUACGAGCGGGACAACGGGCGGUUCGAGUGCCGCGUGAAGGCGGGCGGGUCGGGGCGCACGCUGCACGCGCAGACGCACGCGCUCACCGUGCUCACGCCGCCGCAGCCGCCGCGCCUCUCGCCCGGAGCGCGCGCCCCCGCGCACGAGGACCAGGAGCUGCGCCUGCAGUGCUCCAGUGCCGGCGGCUCGCCGGAGCCCUCUAUCAAAUGGUACCGCGAGGGCUCGCCAGUGGCGCUGGACGCGGCCGUCGAGCACGGGCGGACCCGCGCGGAGCCCUCGGUGGCCACGCUGGUGCUCAUGCCGAAGCGCGAGGACGACGGUGCAGUCUUCCGCUGUGUGGUCUGGAACCGUGCCAUGCCCGACGGACGUCAGUACAACGCCACCGUGCAGCUAAGUGUCAAUUAUUUUCCACGAGUGGAAGUCGGUCCAGAAAAUCCUCUACGUGUCGAAGUAGACGGAACAGCCACGAUGGAGUGCAAAGUAGACGCUAAGCCGAAAGUAACCAGCGUCCGAUGGACUAGGAACGGCAAAUACAUUUCUAACUCAUUCUCACAUACAAUACAGGGUGUGGCAGUGCAGGACGCCGGUCAGUACACCUGCACGGCGGAUAAUGGGCUGGGUCGCCCCGGUGAAAAGGAAAUUACUUUGGAUGUUCUAUUCCCUCCCACAGUGACGAUUGACUCAAAGACGUACGAAGCUGAGGAAGGUGGUAAUGUUGAGAUCCGUUGCGAGGUAUCCGCUAAUCCCGAGCCUAUCUCUAUAGAGUGGAGUAUGGAGGGAAAACCAGAGUUUCGUCAGAAAGGAAAUAUAUUAACCCUGGGCAGGGUGGACGCAGAUGUAGCUGGAACGUAUACUUGUCGAGCUGUCAACGUUAUUUCUACAAGCGGCGGGAAUCGGGUUGAAAGGGCCAGCAGUGCGUCCGUAGCGGUAUUGGUGCGACAUAAGCCAGGGCGAGCCCAUAUCACUCCUGAAAGGCCAGUAGCCCAAGAGGGAGCCGGAGUGACCCUUACGUGCAGCGCGAAGCCUCCUGGCUGGCCGGCUCCGCAGUAUCGCUGGUUUCGAGAUAUCGAUACAUCGGACGCUAACCCCAUAGUCUUAGCUACGGGAGUAACGUACAACAUACCAAAUGCCCACCUCGGCAGCGAAGGUGUCUACCACUGCCAAGCAACUAAUGAGCUGGGCCAUGGCGAAUUAGCAUCGGUCACUUUGGAAGUCCAUCAACCACCGCGAUUCCAUUCCAAACUCCAACCUCAUGCGACGAAACGCUCCCGCGAACAGAACUUUUCGUUAUCGUGCAGCGCGUUCGGUAAACCCCUUCCAACCGUAAAAUGGUACAAAAACAAUUCGGAAAUCAAGCCCGACGUGAAUUUGUACGAGGUGAAGACCGACGUCACGGAAGGUAGGGACUCUGUGUACAACGUACAGAGCACGCUCAGAUUCUACGGCAAAGCGAGACCAAACGUCAACGAUUUGAUACCCGAAGACAGGGGUCUGUAUACGUGUGCGAUAGAAAACGAAGUCAAGAAAAUCGAAUCUUCUAUGCAUCUUAGAAUUGAGCAUGAACCGAUUUCGAUUCGACAACAGAAGAAAGUAGCAUUCGACGUAAUGGAGGCGGCCGAAAUAUCGUGUAGAGUUCAAGCCUACCCCAAGCCUGACUUCCUGUGGUUCUUUGGCUCCAGCAACUCUCCGCUGCAGUCGUCUGACCACUACGACAUCACAACAAUCACGGAAGACAACGACUCGUAUUUAAGCGUGCUAAAACUGCGAAAUGUAAAGCCGCAGGACUACGGCGACUACUACUGUAACGUGAAGAACUCCCUUGGUAGCAUUCGUCCUCAAAUACGAAUGCAGCCGAAAGGCGCUCCGGAGUCCCCUCGCGGCUUAACCAGUCAGAAGAUUGGUUCUACGUACGUGACCCUGAAGUGGGAGGCCGGUUUCGACGGGGGCUUAACCAACACAAAAUACUUCGUGUGGUACAGAAGAGUCGCCAGCGGCGCCGGCUCGGUGGAGCAGUGCGGCGCCGCCCGCAGCGACGCCAACGACUGGCGCGAGUACGACUGCAUGCGCGCCAACCCCUGCAACGUCACGCGCUUGGACCAGCAUAACACUUACUCUUUCAAGGUGAAAGCAGUAAACACGAAGGGCCAGAGCAAUUAUUCCAACGAAAUAACAGUUACAACGAAAGUGGAUAAGAUCCCGCCACCCGAGCAACUGACAUACGAUCCAAGUACAAGAGCGGUCGUGUUCAGUGUCGGACCCACUUGCUUGGGACUCAUCGGCGUGGCAGAGGGACUCGGCAGAGUCGGCGGAUGGCAGGUGGUAGAGACGUUGCCGCUGAGCAUGUCGGGCGCGGGCAGCAGCGUGCAGCGCGGCGUGCUGUCGGCGGGCGCGGGCGCGCGGGGCGGCGCGGGGGGCGGCGCGGGGGGCGGGGGCGGCGCGCUCGACGAGCUCAACCCGCGCCUGCGCCUGCGCCUGUGCCUGCUGCACAACCAGGACGUCUGCAGCGAAUACGUCGAGGCCGACAUUGGUCCGGCUUACAUCAAGGAAGCGUCAGCCCUGACGACCGCCACACUGAUCGCGAUCGUAGUCUCCGUCAUUGUCUUCGUUCUGUUCUUGUGUCUCCUUUUCAUCUUUUGCCGAUGCAAGCGAACCGAGAAAAAGAAGAAAGAUUACGAAAUGGCCUCUAUAGGGCACGGCAUGUCGCUAACUUCGCCCAAGAAUCAGGCGCCGCCGCCUUACAUGGAGUAUCCGAACGCCGGUAUGGAGAAUAAGGCUCUGGAACAUUCGAUGGAGCUGGCGAUGGACGACUCGAAGAACGCCGUGUACGCGACGCAAGCCGCGUACGGAUACCACAUCGCACCUCACGCGACGCCCACGCACGUUGGACAAAAUAAUAUGUCCAACAUGGACUGGGUGAACACAGGGUAUAUGGACAAAGGGUACGCGAACAGCAACAACGGCGGCAGCGUCAAUUCGCAAGAUUCUCUGUGGCAGAUGAAAAUGGCGGCCGCUAACAACACGGGCAUGAUGAUGAUGGACCGCAGCAGUAACUACGGCUACGACCCCAUGCACGCCGGCUACGGCACCAUCGACGACUACGCGGCCUACCAGCCGCUGCCGCACGCCCCGCACCCCGCGCACCCCGCCCACGCCGCGCACCCGGCCCACGGGACCAACGCGGACUACAUGCGCACCUCGCAGAACCCCUCUAGACAAGACUACUGUUCCGAUUCUUACGCGUCCGUGCAUAAGCCCAAGAAACGCAUGGAUCAGCAUACCGAGUCGCCGUACCACGAGGUGAGCGGGCUGCCCGAGGCGUACGCGGGCGCGGAGGAGGCGGGCGGCGAGGACAAGCCGCCGCCGCUGUCGCUCAGCUACGACGAGUCGCUCGAGUCCGGCUACUCCACGCCCAACUCGCGCGCGCGCCGCGUCAUCCGCGAGAUCAUCGUCUGA